ACGAUGUGUACCAUAUUUUGACCCAUGUUAUCUGACCCCGCUGUAUUCCCUACAGUACACUUACCUGGUCGUGGCAGGACCUGAGAUGCCGGAUCCUGGACUGAUUGCGUCAUCCGUGGGGUCAAUAAGCAAUCAUCAGUCCACCCUGCAACCCAGCGGCACACCGACAAUCCAUCGUUUCGUAUCGACCGUCCACAUAAUUCCAUCUCAGACAAAGCCCAUACCAGUACCUCCAUCAAUAUGCGUGGACUGGCAUGUCUGCUUGCGCUAGCUGGUCUGGCUGCUACCGAAUCGCCGGUCCAAAAGCCACUCUACCCCCCCUCCAAGCCCAAUGUCAUCUUCAUACUCACCGACGAUCAAGAUGCUCAUCUCGAUUCUCUGGACUACAUGCCUUUUGUCCAGAAACAUCUUCUAGAAAAAGGAACCCAUUAUCGCAGCCACUACUGCACAACUAGCGUUUGUUGUCCGUCGCGAGUGACCCUGUGGACGGGGAAACUGGCACAUAACACAAACGUGACCGAUGUUAAUCCUCCAUACGGUGGAUAUCCGAAAUUUAUCUCGCAAGGCUUGAAUGAGAAUUAUCUUCCUGUCUGGCUGCAAGAAGCGCAGUAUAACACCUACUACACCGGCAAGCUUUUCAACGUCCAUACGGUCGAUAACUACAACGCACCAUUUCCUGCUGGAUUUACGGGCCAUGAUUUUCUUCUCGAUCCUUUCACGUAUGAUUAUCUGAACAGCACAUUCCAACGAGAUCGCGAACUCCCCCAGAGUUACGAGGGCGCUUACAGUACAGAUAUUCUUGCGCAGAAGGCUUAUCGCCUCCUAGAUGAGGCUGUCGGAGCUCAAAGGCCUUUCUUUCUCACGGUCGCCCCAAUGGCACCUCACUGUAACGUCUUCAUGAACGGAACGGGACUGGAUGACAAUCCAGUUUUCAGCUUCAGUGCACCCAUCCCUGCAAAGCGUCAUGAAAAUCUUUUCGAGGAUGUCCAAGUACCUCGUACACCAUCUUUCAAUCCAGAGCAACCCUCCGGAGCAAACUGGAUCAAGGGUUUGAAGCGCCAGAACGAGACGAAUGUGGAUUACAACGACCACUUCUAUCGUACCCGUCUGCGUGCUCUUCAGGCCGUCGACGAGCUGGUUGAUGGCAUAUUUGCCCGCUUGUACGAACAUGACAUCCUUGACAACACCUACAUUGUCUACAGCAGCGACAAUGGCUACCACAUUGGUCAGCAUAGACUUCAGCCGGGUAAGUCAUGUGGGUACGAGGAAGACAUCAACGUUCCAUUGAUUGUUCGCGGUCCUGGGAUUGCGGAAAAUGCCUCCACAGACAUCGUUACGACACAUACCGACCUGGCUCCUACCUUCCUUCAAUUGCUGGAUAUUCCACUCCGACGUGACUUUGAUGGUGAUCCCAUCCCCCUGACGCAGAGACAGAUUGAAGUAGCCAAAACAGAGAGACAGGAGCAUGUCACCGUUGAGUAUUGGGGGUUUGCGGCUGGAGAGGGAAUAUACGACUUUGAUCUAUCCGCCUAUAACAACACAUACAAAGCUCUCCGUAUCCGAGGAAAGGGAUAUAACCUUUACUACUCGGUUUGGUGCAACAAUGAGCACGAGCUCUAUGACAUGGCGACGGACCCCCACCAACUCCAUAACCUCCUCUCGACAGACAAGCAAAACACCCAGACUUCCCAUACAAUAUUAAACCUCAGCAUUUCCAAAGUUGUACCUAGACUUGAUUCUCUGCUCCUCGUCCUCAAGUCCUGUAAGGGCCAAGUAUGCGUCAAGCCAUGGAACGCGCUACAUCCCCAUGGCGGGGUCAGCACGCUGAAAGGGGCGUUAGAUGCGCGGUACGACCACUUCUACGAGGUGGAGCAGACUACAAAAGUCCACUUCGAGGAGUGUGUCCGAGGUUACCUUCUUGAGGCGGAGGGCCCCCAGUUUGACUCAAUAAACAGAAAGGAAGACGCCGCCAGCUGGUUCUUUAGGGGUGGAUUGCCAUGGUAUGAAUGGGUGUGAUUCGAGACCCAGAAAACGGCUAGCUGGCAUGUCACUAAAUUGACUAGCUAGCUUGAGCGAAGAGUUCCCUCUUGCAAUAUGUCUAAUGAAGCUUCCCGUCCACGAAGAUUGCCGUACAAUGUCUUUGUUUGGAUAUAAUGGAAAGCUCCCUUCGUACCGUUCUUCUCCUUUGUACUGACAUGCCCUUCUUUUAUCACUUCUUCAUGCCCGUCUUUGUUAUAAAUUCCCAAACUCCCCUCUUUGCUUUCAGCAGAUAUCUGAGAAUCAAAGUUUCCCCAUCCAAUUUUUGAAGAGCCCUUCCGAUUUGAAGAAGCUGCCGACACAAUGAAGAUCCAAAUGUCCGAGAUCACUUUUGUCCGCGAGAUCAAGCAAGCUUCCUGCGUUUCCACUUUUCUUGUUAACUGGAGUGAUAAGCUGUGCGUCUUGAGAGUGGUAUGUACC